UGCGACGGCUACUGAAGCCACGCUGCCAGUGUUUCUCUUUGUGAAACACUUAGGAGUCAAGAUUGUUGCUGAGUGAGACAUAAGUGACAACGAGUUUAGAAACAAUCCAAUCGCUAAGAGGCAGACAGUAAGUGCUCUGGAUUUUGAGGAUAGAGAGAAAAACCUGCCAUUUACUGUAACGUUUAAAUGGAUGUGAAAGAGGAGAUGUGUGAGGAUGACCUGAAUAUCAUGGAGGAGAGAACUGUAAAUGUUAAGGAGGAGGACUGUGAGUGGGAGACUGUCCACCACAAACAGGGGAGUCUGGACAUUAAGGAAGAGGACAGUGAACUAGAGUCAGUAAAUAUUAAAGAGGAGAAUGAAGAGGAGUGUGUCAGCACUGAGAUACACAACUGUAGGAGUAUGGACAGUGUCAAGGAAGAUGACCUUCAUUAUGGAGAUCAAGAUGGAGCAGUGACCGGGUUAUUCUCUUCUCAUAGCAGACACUCUUCAUCUCCGGAGUCUUCUGUCAGUGUAAAAUAUGAAACAUUACAGCCUGACAGAAAGACAACUGAAGAAAUUUCAUUUCCUAGAACUGAGGAAGGUCAGCCUAAGACAUCAUCUAAAAUAAGAAUCAAACUUCACUGCUGUUCUGAAUGUGGCAAACAGUUUUCAAUAAGAUGUAACCUUCAGAGCAACAGAAGACUUCACACAGGAGAGAAGCCAUAUUGCUGCCUUGAAUGUGAUAAACAAUUCUCUCUGAGCCAGCAAAGAAUUAACACACGAGAGAAGCCGUAUAACUGUUCUGAAUGUGGUAAAAAGUUUACACAGAGAUGCCAUCUUCAGAGCCACCAAAGAAUCCACACGGGGGAGAAGCCAUAUUGCUGCCCAGAAUGUGGAAAACUAUUCUCUAACAAUAGUAAUUUUCAAGUACACAUUAAAAUUCACUCCGGAGAGAGGCUGUAUUGCUGCUCUGAAUGUGGCAAAAAGUUUUCAAGGAGAAGCCAUCUUCAGAGCCACCAAAGGGUUCACACAGGGGAAAAGCCGUAUGACUGUUCUGAAUGUGGUAAACAGUUUUCAGAAAGAAGCCAUCUUCAGAACCACCAAAGAAUUCACACAGGGGAGAAGCCAUAUUGCUGUUCUGAAUGUGGAAAAAUGUUUUCACGGAAAAGCCAUCUUAAGAACCACCAAAGAAUUCACACAAGAGAGAAAAAAAUGACAGAAACUUCCCCACCUUGUCUACAGAUGAACACAGUACAAUGCUAAGCAGCAGAAUAAAGAAUUCAAAAAGUUCGAUGAAAACAAAACAAAACAAAAAAAAAAACUAGUUGGGGAAACUACAAGUAAAGUGGUAAAUACAAUGCUCACCUCUAUCUGCUUCAUGUGUAAACAGAACUUACUCAUGCAUGGCUUAUUAGGGGCGAACUAAGACCAAAAGAUGUACGCUUCAUCAUAGAUGAAUAAAACAGUGGCUUGGACACAAAGUGGUUCAGAUCAAAUUUAAAAAAAAAAAAAAAAAUAACCCAUAAUUGUCACUACUGCCACAAAGAACUAUAAACAGUCACACAUCUCAUUGCUGGUUGUGGGGUACUGAUUGCUGAAGGAUUUUACACUGCACAACACCACAAAUUGCCCAGGCUCAUUCGCUGGAAACUCUGCAAGAAUACUACUUUCCAGCACCAGAAAGACACUGGGACCACAACUCACACCGCACAAUGGAAAAUGAGGAGGUGCAGGUCACUUAUAGCACAGCAAUACUGACUGACUGAAAAACAGAGGCCGGAAAACCAGAUGUAAGAAAUCCUGGAUAACAGAAGUAUUAGUUCCUAGUAACUAUUCAGUCCUAAGAAUGGAGAGGCAAGAAAGAAACAAAAUACCAAGAAAUGUCUUCUGAGAUAUGCCAAAUGAAAUGUGGACCAAAAAAUAAAAACGGAAGGAGUGCCUGUUGUUCUAGAAUAAAGAGGACUGAUAAAGAAAAACUUUCAUUCCCAAGUUGACAAAUUACAAUAACUCCUUAUGACCUGUGUGGAAAAAUACAAAACAGCUUGAUCAAUUUGGUGUGCGUGACAAGAGCCAUGCAGACCACUGCUUG